AUGAGAGGUGAUGGACACUAUCUCUUGUCGGGUGCAGACCUCUCCGUGCCCUCUCCCAGACAUUCUCCACCAAUGUCAGAGGCCUAUAAAUCAUCCCGUAUCAAAGCGGCCUGCAACGCUUCCUGCAUUUCAACAUAUGUGGAAUCACUGGGCGUCUGUCAUCGUCCGCCGCCGCUCUCAGAGAAAGCUUUUUUGGACGCGGUUCCCACUUUAACAUGGACCAGAUGUGGCAGUGAUCGGGGAGGGUUCUACCUGCCACCGAGGGAGACUCCCCAAACGAGAGCCUCAGACCCUCGGAAUCCCCCUCAGAAGAUCCUCAGGCCCUCCUCAGCAGACCAUCCUCCUCGGACCCUCAAGCCCUCAGACCCUCCUCAUCAGACCCUCAGACCCUCCUCAGCAGACCGUCAGACCCUCCUCAUCAGACCCUCAGACCCUCCUCAGCAGACCGUCAGACCCUCCUCAGCAGACCCUCCUCAUCAGACCCUCAGGCCCUCCUCAGCAGACCGUCAGACCCUCCUCAUCAGACCCUCAGACCCUCCUCAUCAGACCCUCCUCAUCAGACCCUCAGGCCCUCCUCAGCAGACCGUCAGACCCUCCUCAUCAGACCCUCAGACCCUCCUCAGCAGACCGUCAGACCCUCCUCAUCAGACCCUCAGACCCUCCUCAGCAGACCGUCAGACCCUCCUCAUCAGACCCUCAGACCCUCCUCAGCAGACCGUCAGACCCUCCUCAUCAGACCCUCAGACCCUCCUCAGCAGACCGUCAGACCCUCCUCAGCAGACCCUCCUCAUCAGACCCUCAGGCCCUCCUCAGCAGACCGUCAGACCCUCCUCAGCAGACCCCCCUCAUCAGACCCUCAGGCCCUCCUCAGCAGACCGUCAGACCCUCCUCAUCAGACCCUCAGACCCUCCUCAGCAGACCGUCAGACCCUCCUCAGCAGACCCUCCUCAGCAGACCCUCAGGCCCUCCUCAGCAGACCGUCAGACCCUCCUCAGCAGACCCCCCUCAUCAGACCCUCAGGCCCUCCUCAGCAGACCGUCAGACCCUCCUCAUCAGACCCUCAGGCCCUCCUCAGCAGACCGUCAGACCCUCCUCAUCAGACCCUCAGGCCCUCCUCAGCAGACCGUCAGACCCUCCUCAGCAGACCCUCCUCAUCAGACCGUCAGACCCUCCUCAUCAGACCGUCAGACCCUCCUCAGCAGACCCCCCUCAUCAGACCCUCAGACCCUCCUCAGCAGACCGUCAGCAGACCCUCAGACCCUCGCACUGAUCUGCUCCACUUGCACUAAACGAGACCCUGGGGACAGCGCCCGGCCCCUGAGCCCACGACCCAUCUUCCUAAUGUAA